UAAGGCUAAAUAACUGGGGGUGUUAUAACUGACGUCAUCUCCUGUGUCAGUAACCAAGGGUCACCAGGGACCAAAUGAGAAAAAGAAUACAUAUCAAAUGACUUCUUUUUAUCUGACUAUUAAACAUUUUGUUGCAAAUAUAAUGGGGUUGCGUGCAAUAUGCAUUGUCAUAACGAAGCUGUGGAGUCUGGUUGGUUAUAUGUUACGCAAGAAUAUGCGAGCAGUUAUACAACACCAAACUAUCAAAUAUGACAUGUUUGCAUUAUCACCAGUAUCAAUUGAAAGACUAAGAUUGGUACCAAGGAAGGUUAUGGUGUUAGAUUUAGAUGAAACAUUAAUUCAUUCUCAUCACGAAGGUGUUGCUAGGCCAACAGUGAAGCCAUCCACUCCUCCUGACUUUGUAUUAAAGGUUACGAUAGACAGACAUCCAGUUCGUUUUUAUGUACAUAAAAGACCACAUGUGGAUUUCUUUUUAGACACUAUCAGCCAGUGGUAUGAUUUAGUUGUUUUUACAGCAAGUAUGGAAGUUUAUGGUUCAGCUGUAACUGACAAACUAGACAGAAAUAAAGGAAUAUUAAAUAGGAGAUAUUACAGACAGCAUUGUAAAGUGGAUAUUGGAGGCUUUUCUAAAGAUUUAACUGUUAUCACACAAGACUUAUCCAGAAUAUUUAUAUUAGACAAUUCUCCUGGUGCUUAUAAAGGCAAUCCAGACAAUGCAAUUCCAAUAGUCUCGUGGUUUGCCGACCCCUCUGAUACAGCUCUGUUGAAUCUUUUACCCAUCCUUGAUGCACUACGUUUCACAAAUGAUGUGCGGUCUAUAUUAGGAAGGAACUUACAUAGGCCAUUCCUAUGACAGCUGCGUUAGAUUAGUGUAUAUGUAUAUGUAAUCUAGAUUAUAUUGUACACAUGUUGAUAUUUUUGUACAUGGAACAGAAUGAUACUAGGGUUAAUAAUACUACUAAUACAAAAGAGACUUAAUUUUUAUGCAGAUCAUAACACUGUUUUUUUUAAAGAAUUUUUCAUUUUUUCUUUGUUCUUUAAUUUCAUGCAUAUUUUAUUAUGAAAUAUGUGUUUUAGCUAAUUAAAUCGUAAUUUUUGGCAUUGUUUUUAGAUAUUUGAUAUUUUUUUCUAUCAAGCAUGUAGUGCUACCUUUAUGCUUGGCUACUAAAAAAUGGAAGAAAAAUGACAUUGUGUUAAUUUCUUGUUGAACUUUUGCUUUCUUUUUUAAUAAAAAUUUUGGGUAAAACAAUUGCAAGUUAAUUAGGAAACAUUAUUUUUUACAUCUAAAAUGGCAGCUUUUGCAGUGCUCUCUUUUUAUUUUAUAAUUAAAAGCAGCUUGUGCUACCAUAUGCUAGUUUGUUGUGCAAGUCAUUAUUGCUUUUUUAACUUUCUGUCUUUUUCUUUACUCUCUCAUAAAAUGUUUAUGAAUAUUACUAUACCUUAAAACUGAGUUUUCUUUUUCUGUUGGUGAAUUUCAGAUUUGUAUUACACAUUGGUUAAUAUGUACAGGUUUGUUUCAAAGUUAAUAUGUACAGGUUUGUUUUGUUUGUGCCAUCGGUUGAAUGAAAUCAACCAAUGGCACAAACUUUUAAAACAAAUUUAAAAAAAAAAAAUCUAACCAAUGUUCUCUCACUUCAGCUUUUAUAUAAAAACAUAUUUAAAACCACUUGCGGUAUAUAUAAGUAUAUAUUAAAUUAAAAGCCAAAAGAAUUACGAUUACUUAUUUGUUCAUUUAUUUUUGUUGCAUUUUAGGCCCAUUACCCCUGACAUUCUGUCUUUCAGAGUCAAUAGUACAAUUUAAAGAAUGCAAAAUUGACUAAAUGGUCCUUCGUCCGAAGAACUUUUUUUUGGCCAUGAGCGUAAUAUCAGACGCUGAUUUUAUAUUCUUUUUUUUAUAAACAAAAUGGAAAAUAGUAAUCAAUUUAUUCUUAAAAUUAAAAAAAUUAAAAAGAGCAAAA